AUGGCUUAUGAGAUAAAUGGCAUUCCAUACAAAGCUGAUGACUCCUGCUGGGACGGGACAAAUGCCGUGGACUACACCGGAACUAUCUCCGUGACGUCAUCAGGGCUCACCUGUCAGCCAUGGGCACAGGACAGCCCACACCCGCACGCGUACCACGCAGGUGCACCCAACUUCCCGAACGACGGCUACAGUGACGUCACGGCGUCCAACUACUGCCGGGACCCGGAUGGUGCCGCCGGCACCGGCGGUCCGUGGUGCUACACGAUGGAUCCCGGAACAGAGGCGGAAUACUGCAGCAUCCCGCUCUGUCCAAAUCCAGUGUGUGUGACGGACAGCGUAGUCGGUCAAAGUGAUCCAUCCACCGUCAUCAACUCGGUAGAGACAUAUGUCGGUAACCAGUACAUGCAGACGGACCCAAGCUACACUGUCGCAUGCUGCGGGACGGUUCAGGAGUGGCGGUUUCACCAGCGCUCAUGGUACGGGAUCAUCCGCUUCCAGGUGUGGAGGGCCGAUACAAGCAACCCGGGCCACUACCGCCUGAUUGGGGAGAACGCAUUCUCAUACGUCUAUACUCAGAUAGACAUGACCCACUAUACCAGUGUGGACCAGGCUGAUCAAAUAAACGUACAGGAUGGAGAUUACAUUGGCUGGUGGUACACGGAGAGCUAUGACAUGGUCGCUUAUCAGAGUCCGGGGACGGCCAACAACAUUUUGUGGCUGCAGCCUGGUGCUGCUACGGCCGUUGGCGCCACCCUUGACUUCUCGGUCGGCUUUGCGCAUCAGGGCCGGGACUACGCCAUUGGUGCCGUUCUCGCCGCCAGCUUGUCUCCAAGAUUCACGAAUACCCUCACCACCCUAACCCUCUCUGUGAACGAGGCUGUUGGUAACACCGUCUAUACCGUCACGUAUACUGAUGACGAUGUUGGUGACGUCAGCUCGUUAGCUGUUACUAUGGAUACCAAUACGUACUUUGAUUUUACGGCUCCAGACGUGACUGUGAAGACGACACUUGUAGCAGGAACGUACACCCUGAGGUUCACGGUGACGGACCGCUGUGACGCCACGGGGGCACUGAUUGUUGCCGUGAACGUCCUACCUGAGGCUGUCACAAUAUCAAGUCUGCCGACAACAGAGAGCGUCAGUGAGUCAGUGACGUCAGAAACGCUCGUGCACGAGCUGGUGUUCAGCCCCGCCGGAAGUUACACGUGCACUCUAGACGCUUAUAGCCCGACAAGGACCGAAGGGAACCCCUUCGUCGUGCAAGACACGCCCACGCCAGGCGUGGGUGUGUACCUGUUGGCGGGUGCCAAUAUCAGGUACGCCGUCUCUCCCAGUUACAACGUGACGGUUACGUGCACAGAGGCCAGUACAGCCACCGCAACCAGCUACCUCAUCGUCUCCGUGGACCCGAACACCGCUCCAGUAUUCUCAAAUUUCCAAGCUUCGACAACAUUCAGCGCCACCACGCCUGUAAAUACUGUCGUGUACACCGCAACAAUCACCGACACUGACCCCGUAUCCGUGACCUUGGCAUGUGACCCCGCAGGAAGUCCAUUCGCCGUCAAUAACGAUGGUGAGGUUUACGUGACGUCAGACCUGGAGGCAAAUAACGUAGCUGCUUACACGUGUUUUCUUACAGCAGACGACUCCUUCACCACUGUGACGUCAUCAAACAUCUCUAUGACCAUCACGGGUCUUAACGUCGCGCCUACAAUAACCAACCUGGACGACGCGGUGUCAAUACUUGAGAACCAGCCCGCGGGCGCCUCCGUGUUCCAUGUGAGCUCCAGUGACGUCAACGGAGACACGCCCACUUUCUCCGCCUCAUUCGCCGUCCCCGCUUGCGGAGCCAUGUACACCAUCAGCCCAACGGAUGGCAGUGUGACUACACUUGUCACUCUCGAUUUUGAGACAGAUCCAUCAUGCAUCGCCGUCGUCAAAGUGUUUGACGGUCACGUGACAUCACUUCCGGGAACGUUAACAAUUGACGUCACCGACGUAGAUGAGCCGCCCGUCUGGUCCAGUGCUGGGUACAUCAUUACGACACAGGAAGUUGCGAGCGGAACAGUUCUGGGAGGUCCCACAAUCAUCGCCACAGACCCGGAAGCGACGGCCGUCACCUACUCCCUCAACUGUGGGGCGGACUCCGGGUACCUUUCCAUCAAUCCGACUUCCGGUGCCGUCACUAUGGCAGCGGCCUUCGACUUGGAGGCUGCGAGUGUGGACACGUAUACCAUUUCCUGCACGGUGACUGGAACUGACGCUACUGCGCAGACAUCGACUUCUCCGCUUAGCGUCACCGUGACAGACGCAAACGACGUUGCGCCCGUGUUUUCAAGCGCAGUGUAUCCUAUCUACAUCAACGAAGAGUAUGGACUUGUUGGCGCUGUAGAGUAA